AUGGCCUCUAUCGAUGAAUUGUUGAGGAUGCAGACUCACCUGAUGAGCGCAAUAUCUCGCGCGCUUCCUAAUUUCAAGAAGUUGGGACAAGCCAAGAUGACCCCUGCCGUCACUCGGCAGCGCCUCACCACUCUCAAGGAAACCUUUGCCAAAUGCCAAGAGCUGGAUGUUCAACUUUUAGCUGCGGACGAGAAAGUGAAGGCGACUCAUGCGUACUUCACCCAAAAUUAUUUCCUAACCUGUGAGGAUUGUUACAACGAUGCAGCCGAUUUCAUGGCUGAACUACUGGACAGUCACGAAUCCCGCGAAUCCUCUUCCGCUGCAUAUGAAGUAAGUGGGAUUAAUCAUUCAUUUCGGGCCAUGUCACAUCUGCCGAGAAUCAACUUGCCGACGUUCGACGGAACCUUCGAGAAAUGGGAAAGUUUUCGCGACAAAUUCAAAUCGAUGAUCUGCGAUGAUCAUAAUUUAACGAAUGUUGAUCGUAUGCAUUACUUGUGUUCCUGUGUAAAAGGAAGUGCAAGUAACGUUCUUGACCAUCUAGCGGUUACCAAUAAUAAUUUCACUAUCGCUUGGAAUAUUCUCGUGUCUCGGUAUGACAAUAAACGUCGCCUUAUUACGGUACAUUUACAAUCGCUUGUCAAUUUACCUUCGAUCGCUUCAGAGACCUCCAACGACCUUCGUUCCCUUCGCGAUCAAACGAAUAAAGCUCUUCAAGCGCUAAGCAAUCUCGGCUGCGCUACCGAACACUGGGAUGAUUUGCUUGUAUUUCUAGUGUCACAAAAACUUGAUAAAUCAACACGAAAGGCGUGGGAACUUAAGCUCGGCGAUACGGUGGAAUAUCCACGUUACAGCGAGCUCGAUCGUUUUCUCGAAGCUCGCAUUCGCGCGUUCGACGCAAUAGCACCCGCGACUUCAAAAGAUAAAUCACCGACGACCUCCAAAGGCAAAACACUUGCCUCACAUGCCGCGUCUACCGCUCCGUUCUUAUGUCCAUUAUGUAAAGCGAACCAUCUAUUGUAUCAAUGCGCUACGUUUUUAAAGCAAACUCCCGUUCAACGGUUCGAUUUCAUUAAAACCCAAAAGCGAUGUUCCAACUGUUUCAGUGUAAAACAUUCUGUUAAGGAUUGUACGAAUUCUCGCUCGUGCAAACAAUGUAAUAAACGGCAUCACACGUUACUACAUUUUGACACCCCCGCUCAGCCACUCGCUGCUGAGCCACCGUCGACGUCCACGACCGCGAAUAUUGAGAGUCUAAGCGCCGUUGCGUCGCAUUUAAUAACAAAAACAGUAGCACCGAAUUCUCAAAUCUUACUCGCAACAGCCCGCGUACGCGUUUAUUCGUCUCAUAUAUGCUUUGUAAAUGCUCGUGCGCUCCUUGAUCAAGGAUCUGCCGCUACCUUUAUAACAGAAUCGCUUGCGCAACGCCUAAGACUUAAGAAAAUUAAUCGUUCCGCCUUCAUCACCGGUAUAAGCGAAAUGCAGUCCGUCGUGCGUUACGCUGCCCAAAUUACCAUUACCCCCGCGGAUCGCGAUGGACCUGCUUACUCGACAAUCGCGCUUAUAUUACGAUCAUUAACCAAAUACGUGCCAAACCAAAUCGAGACAGCUCGUAAAUGGAGCCACCUCAGGGGACUUAAGUUUGCCGAUGGUGACCCUAUGAGCUCAGAUCCGAUUGACCUUAUCAUCGGUGCCGAUCUAUUCGGCCUGCUCAUCCUCAACGGAGUUCGAAAGGGAUCUCCAAAUGAACCUACCGCGCAAAAUACCUCUCUCGGUUGGAUCCUUUCAGGACCAACAGCCUCGUUUUCAGCUAAUCAGUCUACUAUCGAAUUUGCGCAUCACGGUGUUGUCCUUGACACUCUCGAUCGCGAUCUUCGUCGAUUCUGGGAGAUCGAGGAAGUCCCUAGGCAAAUUCUUCGCAGCCCUGAGGAACAUCAGUGCGAUGAACACUUCAGAACAACACACACACGCACGUCUAACGGACGCUAUAUAGUACGACUGCCGUUUAAAAUCGGACCGCCAAUCUCAUUAGGCGAAUCUCGCUCUAACGCGAUUUCAAGCUUUCAUAGCAUGGAACAACGCCUACUUCGAGACACAACCAAAGCUUCCUUGUACCGCGAUUUUCUCACAGAAUAUGAAACCCUCGGUCAUAUGACCAAAAUUACACCAACCGAAAUUGUUACAUCAAACCAAGUUUACUAUAUCCCGCAUCAUGCUGUCCUACGCGACAGCAGUGCAACCACACGACUCCGAGUAGUCUUCAACGCAUCUUGCCGUACUUCAAACGGGAUGUCGUUGAACGAUCAUAUGCUCAUUGGCCCUAAACUGCAAAGGGACUUAGCCACGGUCAUCAUGCAGUGGCGCCAAUACCGUUACGUAUUCACCGCCGACAUUGCAAAAAUGUACCGGCAAAUUUUAGUCGAUUCACGCGACACCAACUACCAACGCAUUAUAUGGCGACCGAACUCCGGUGAACCAAUCACGGAGUACCGUCUUCUCACAGUAACCUACAGCACAGCUGCCGCUCCAUAUUUAGCCCUCCGAGUCUUGGAUCAGCUUGUAGACGAUGAAGGAGCCAAAUUUCCGCUAGCCGCCCCCGUUCUCCGUCAUCAGACAUAUGUCGACGACUGCGCCUUCGGCGCCGACGACCAAAAUCUCGCUCGUCAAAAACGCGAUCAAUUAAUAGAAUUGCUUAAAAGGGGAGGCUUUCACCUUCGCAAAUGGGCAAGUAACGACUCGGAUCUGUUAUCCGAUAUCGAUUCAUCCGAUCAUGGUUUAGCCACUCAUAAAGUCAUGCAAGACGAUGAGCAUAUUAAGGUAUUAGGAAUAAUUUGGAAUCCUAAAUUAGAUAUAUUUCAAUUUCGCGUCACUCUACCAUCGUCACCCGUCUGCACCAAACGAGUCAUUCUGUCAACAACUGCUAAGUUUUUUGAUCCAUUAGGAUGGGCUACCCCUGUCACUGUCACAGCCAAAAUUUUCUUGCAACGAUUGUGGGCACUUCAUUGCCACUGGGAUGAUGAAAUCCCUCGCCAACUUCUUGAUUGUUGGAUGGACUAUUAUAAACGACUUCCGUGCCUUAAUGCUCUGAGCAUACCGCGCUGGACCACUUCCAGUUCUCAGACGGUACACCGCGCCCUUCACGGUUUUUCCGACGCAUCGACAGCAGCUUACGCUGCAGUGGUGUAUCUUCGCACCGUCAAUCACGACGGCUCCGUUACCGCCAUUAAUAAUCAAAGGUCCAACUUUGCGAUGGUGCAUGGUAUACCGAAAAUUGGCCUACUCGCGCCAAAAAUCAACGCUCGUAUCAGCUCAAUUGCUCGUUACCACGGCAUAAAUAAUAGUAUAUCUAUGAUGGAAGUGAAUAUACCUAGAUCUAGAUUGAUUGUCCAAGAAGUGGCAUCGCCCAGCGGUCUCCAUUUUUCUAAUAACCGCAGAUGA